AUGGUUUACGAAGCUCCUCAUCUGAAGAUCAAGGAAGGUGGCAUCAAGUCUGUUGUCUGCGCUGUCGGUGAUCCUGCCCGUGCUGAACUCAUUGCCACCAAGUACUGUGAUUCCUAUAAGGAGCUUGCUUACAAUCGUGAGUAUCGCACAUUCAAUGUGACGUAUCAAGGUGCUGAAUUCAGCGUUGCUUCUCACGGUGUUGGUGGACCCGGUGCUGCUAUCUGCUUCGAGGAGCUUAUCAAAAGUGGUGCCAAG